UCUGCUCGUUCAGCAUUGAACCUCACCUCUCGUCUAUAUAUCCGAUAAUGUUCUCUUAGUCGGAUCUGUUUCAUCUACUCAUUGGCUACAUUUUUUGCAUCGCCGAUACCACGCUUCCCCCUUCUCUAUUGGUCUUUGUUCAGACGAGCCUUUGCAUGGUCACUGAUCUUGAUUUUUUUUUUGCGACUAACAUUUUAUAAUACACAUUUUUUACGAUCUAGUUAGUCAACGGUACCAUGUCCUCCAACGCAGUAACCAUAGAUGUGGAUCCCUUGGUUAAGCCAGUACCUGAGACUUUGAAGAAAAAACUUAUUUACCAGCGCCGUGCUAGCUAUCAAAAGCCACUCUCCAAAACCAACGAUAAGGAAAAGCAAAAAUUCAUUUUCAAACGAGCUGAAGCAUAUGUAAAAGAGUACAGGAGGAGAAGACAAGAACUUAGCUAUGCUCGUAAAAAUGCCCUAAAAAAGGGCGAAUUUUUCAUUGAACCAGAAGCUAAGGUCGCCUUUGUUAUACGUAUCCGUGGUAUUCUAAAUGUACCACCGAAACCUCGUAAGGCACUACAACUUCUUCGCCUGCGCCGAAUUAAUAGCGGCGUGUUUGUUCGUCUGAACAAAGCAACUCUCCGAAUGCUCCAGAUCGUUGAGCCGUAUAUUACUUGGGGAUAUCCGAGCCUUAAAUGCAUCCGUGAGCUGGUCUAUAAGCGUGGACAUGCCUCGAUCAAUCACCAGCGUAUCCCUAUCACGAACAACGAGAUGAUAGAGCAACAUUUGGGACAGCACGACAUCAUCUGUAUUGAGGAUCUAGUCUAUCAACUCUAUACAUGUGGACCUCAUUUCCGCGAAGUCACCCGCUUCCUCUGGCCCUUCAGUCUUCGCCCACCACGUGGCGGGUUCCUCCGUAAACUGAGACACUACACGGAUGGUGGUGACUCUGGUAAUCGCGAGGGUGCAAUCAAUCGCCUCGUUCGUGCCAUGGUCUAGUCUGCCGUUUGUGUGUAUGAACCGUCUAUCUCAAGAUUUAGAAAAUAAAACGUACGCGCAAAGAAAUACAAAAUCGAAA